UGACAGCUAGGGUGUGUGUUAUCGUCUGAUGUUUCCUCUUGUUGUUGAUGUACACCUCACGGUCUGGUAUUAAGUGCAGAGUAACCACACUGCCUUGAAUCCAGACAGUCUGCUUUCCGAGUGUUACUGUUUUUUUGUCUCACGUGACGCGGAGGUCACCAGGUGUGCUGUCACUAGUGGCAUUGUUAACUGCUUGCCUGCCCGCUCACUGCUUCCCUGUGUGACGUCUGUUGAUCCCCGUGACAGUGACGCACUCUUCCACCAGUAGAUUUCCUGCUGCCUUCACCUUGUUGUGCUCACCUGGCAGGCCACACCCCAGCAGGACAGUAGUGGUGGCAGUGAUACAGCACCAGUAGUCCUAGUAAUACAACACUAGUCCACCUACCAGGUUUAUUCGCCAGGUUAGCUCCCCUAAGUAAGGAGCCAACACAUCCACCAGCACCACCACCACCAUGGCCUCCCUGCCUCCCUGCCCUGCCUCCCUCAAGCAGUUGCAGCACUACCUCAAGCUGGCCUCCGACUAUGAUAAGAGGGAGCCAGUUGUGUCUUACUGGGCCCGCCUGUACACUCUGCAGACAGCCCUCAAGAUUGACCGCAAGUCCCCUGAGGCCCGUGCCCUCCUCACUGGCCUCAUGGACUACCUAGAGAACUUCAAAAAGGAACACAAGGACAACGAGGCUGUCUCAAAUGACAUGGUGGCCCAGGCCUUCGUGGAGGAGGUGGCUCACAAGCUCUUCACGUGGGCGGACACGGAGGACCGAGCUGCCAGAUUCAAUAAGAAUGUUGUGAAAGUCUUCUACACAGUGGGGCUGCUGUUUGACGUGUGUGACGUGUUUGGCGAUGUGUCCGAGGAGGUGGUGAAGCAGCGCAAGUAUGCCAAGUGGAAGGCAACCUACAUCCACAACUGCCUCAAGAAUGGGGAGACACCCAUCCCAGGCCCCAUGGGUGGAGAGGACGAGGGUCUGGGGGAGGAGGCUGAGGGUGGUGAGGAAGGAGCAGUGGGUGGCGGGGCAUCCCUGGGGUGGUCACAGCCACAGCCACACCCGGGCCUUCCCUCCGUCCCAGAUGACAGCAGUCUCCCCUCUGUGCCAGGAGCAGGUGACCUUCCCUCUGUGUCUUCAUCCUCCCCCCCACCAGCAGCACCCAGGUCACAUCCCCCGCCCCAGCAGCCUGCUGCCCUUGACCCUACUGUGGCCCCAGCACAGCCUGUACCCACCGCCUCCUUCCAGAUGCUAGAAGCCACUGGUGGGUCUGUGCCUCUUACCCCUGACAUGGUGACAAAGGCUCAGAAAUACUGCAAGUGGGCGGUGUCUGCACUCGAUUAUGACGACUCCCAGACUGCCAUCUUCAACCUGCAGAAGGCCCUAACCCUCCUCUCCACCGGACGUGACAGCUGAGCCCUUGUAGGUCCCCAUCAGCCUCCGCUUUCUUCCUUAAUGUGUCAGGAGGGAAUCAUAAGGCCAGGUUCUACUGUUCGCCGAUAUUAUUAAGUCUUAGAUUUCUCGUCUCAAGUUAGAAAGAAUAAAUGCUAUUUUCAUUAGUUAGAACUGAUUGAGAUUGAUUUAUACGAUUUGUUUCUGGGUUUUAAUAGUCUCUGAAUGUUAAGCUGUGUUGUUUUAAGAUUUUACCACUUUAUUUUUGUGUUUAUAUUCAUUUUGCAUAAAUGUUUACAUCCAAGGUACUUGUCCCCUCAUUAAUACAGUAGAAUGCAUCAGCCAUCAUCUUCUGCCUCUUUCACUCAUUGUUUGAAAUAUAAACACUCAUUUCCAUAGCUAUAUUUUGUAUGACUUCCUGGGAGCCGGCAGGAACAACCGUUGUGCACUGCCUCGUGUUACCGCAGGUAGGUAAGGUUGGUGUUGUGCCUUGAUUCUUUGUGUUAUCGUUAGCAGGUAUAGUAAAAUGUCCAGCAAGUGAUGCAUUUCACUGCUGUUUGUAACACUCAUGCUGACCCUUGAUGCCUUCCACCACUCAAGGUGACCCAUGUUUGGAGUAUAGACAGUAAGCUCAUGUAACUGUAGACUGGGUGUCUGGAGUCUUUAAGUUGCUGGGCAAAGGAAGCAAAAAAAUUUUUUUAAGGAGUGCCAUUAGCUAAUGUAAUGUGACAGUGACCAAGUGGGUGAGUGUGAUGAUCAGGAAUGUUGGAGAAUAUUUCUUGAGUGUGAGGGCUUGUAAUCACAGGAUGCUUAUUUUUGCUUUAUCCUGUGGGUAAGUGUUGCCAUGCACAAAGCAGUAUCAACAGAUUAAUAUUACCAGAGGGAACCUGCUACAUCCAAUAUAAGAUUAUGCAUGUGUUGGUUGGGUGAAUUUACCAAACCUUUGUGUUCAGAUGUUGAGGCAGACACAUUCUUUCACCAGUGCAAUGCAAGUAAGUAUUUUUUCUCCAAGGGAUAAUCUGACAAAUGCACCACCAUGGCCAUGUAUCCAUCUGUUGUAUUAAGACAGCAUUGUUGUCAUAUGUUGAGUUACAUUGUGCCAGCAAGUCAGCAGUGGAAUUCAAGAUGUCUGCCUUGAAACAUUAACAAGUAAAUUAGGAAGUCCUUCAUUGCACAUGGACAAGUGCUGCUCUUCAUGUUCUAAAGAGUAACACCUGUGCAAGGGACUCUUCUGGGCCACCAAACAUUAGUACAUGUUAAAAUUUAUUUAUUUCAAAGGAGUAAGUGCUGACAGUAGUAGGUGGAGAAGGGAAUGAUGUAGAAAGGUAGCUUAAAUUAUACAAAACAAUUCCAUUGUUUCACAAGAACUUACGGGCAAUAUAAAGAGACUAUUUAUGCUUUAAUGAUUAGACUUAAGUUAUAAAUAUAAAUAAACUUUGAAUAUGUGCAA